AUGUUGUCAUCAGUUCCACCAAGAAAGACUUGUUGGAAAUCAAAGGCAGUAAAAGUCAAAAGAUCCUAUCCAUCUUUUCCUUCCCUGAAUGCCUGGGAAGAAUUCAGGGGCCUCUUGCCUGUGGAUAGAGAACCAAACCCUGGAGUGGGCCUGGGUGUGGAGGAGGGACUGCUCUGCCAGAUGGUUCAUUCUCCAGAAUUCAACCUGUUUCCUGACUCCGUGGUGUUUGAAAGCAACUUCGUCCAGGUGAAAAAAGACAGGAACUGGAUUGACAUCUACAAAGCCUCCUACACCAUGGCCCUCGGGGUGACCUCCUCUGUGCCCUGCCUGCCCCUUCCCAACACCCUCCUCAUGGCCAGCGUCAAAUGGCGCCGGGGGCAGAGCCAGACAUGGAACAGACCAUCCAUGGCCCCAAAAAUCAUCUUGAAGAGGAUUCUCCCAUUGAAAUUCGUGGAGCUCCAAGUCUGUGACCAGCUGCAACGCAUCCUGCGGUUGAGGACAGUCACAGAGAAGAUCUACUACCUAAGACUCCACUCUGACCAUCCUGAGAUUGUUUUCUACUUCUGGGUCCGACUAGUUCAAAUUCUGCAGCAGGGCCUGUCCAUCACCACCAAAGACCCUAGGAUCCUCAUCACUCACUGUCUGGUACCCAAGAACAGCUGCAGCCCCUCAGGAGACUCUAACUUAGUACAAGAGAAACUCCAAGCCUCCCAGCCCAGCGAGAGCCUCAUGCACGUGAUGGCCAAGGGGGAGAGUGAGGCCCUCUCUCGGAUUUUUGCCGACUUGCACCAGCACAACCGGUUCAGGAGCAGCGAAAAGACGGAGACCAAAAAGGAAAGCUCAGAGAAAGAUAUUUCCUCUGAAGACAGCAUUCCUUGCACACGUGACCUCAGUUGGAGGGAGUCCUUCACCUGUGGAGAGUGGGAAAGAGAGAACCCCUCUGGGCCGCAGCCCCUCUCGCUCCUCAGCACUUUGGCAGCCUCCACGAGGCCACAGCUGGCCUUGUUCAUAGAGCUCUUGGGGAGCCCCAACCUUCUGCUGCAGAAAGUGAGGAGGAGCUAG